ACUGUAAAGUAACUCGUGGAACGACUAAGUGGAUUGCAAUUUCAUGAACUGAUAACUACACAUCUUGGCGCUACAUUUUUCCAGAAGAAACGCGCGCUCGGUUUGAGCAGUGGAAUGACUCAGAAGGCUGUAGAGACCAUGGACAUGAUGCAUGGUGUGUCGUGAUCGUCUGCCUACGGUAGCAUAGAUAAAAAGGCUUGAAGCCCCCAGAUAUGAAGACCCCUCUUCGUUCUCAAGCCAUCCGUCUCUCGUUCCCCUAGUAUCAUGGGGAAGCCAACUAUAGCCGCUAUCGUGUCACCCUCCGAUUCCAAAACCAAAUUCAAACCCGAAUCUCAGGAAACAGAGGUGCUUAACCUCGGAGUUUUUCAAGUCAUCGUAGAGAAACGGUCUUCCUUUCGUGAUGCACUCACUCUCGUGAAACUUCACGAAGUAACGGAACACUGGAUCAAGUCAUACCAGACCUUGAAACAUCUCUUGAGCGAGGUUCUAGCUAUUCAGCCAUUCCUCGUCAUUGUUCUACUUGGGUUGAAGAUGUGGCAUGAAAUGCAUCUCAAGACCGGAUCGGUGGACACACGUGCUGUUUUGAAUACGUUAAUGACUCGGAUUUUCUUCGUUAUACUGGGCUCGUAUAUUGGAGAACGGUGUCGUGAACUAGAACCCGGCUUGAAAGCUCAGAUAAUAAAUCAUUACGAGACUAUCCUUAUGAAUACUAAACUAAGCAUGGAUCUCCCGAGUUUACAAGAAAACAUCAAGUUUGAUCAGAUCACAGCUUGCCUGCCUUGGAAUACCAUCGAGACGAUAGUCGAAGUUUUCGCCAAGGUUGCAGCCCUCGUAGGACAACUGGGAUUCGUCCUUAGCUUUGUUCGUUCAGGAAACCACGGCCUUAUGUACACCAUGGCUUGUCUGGCUAAUCCCGUGAUGACAAUGGUCUUGAAAGACAAUCUUUGGAGUCGUCCUCGCGUUGUCCGAACCACCAACGAGGACUAUAACAGGAUGUCUGCGCUGGGCAGCCUCACGGAGAAGACUUACAGGCAUGAGGUCAUAAGUGGGAACCUCGUACAGUUUAUUCUUUCAGAAUACCGAAAAGCGCGAGCUGCGCUAGGGAAGAUAUCCACGGACUAUCCGGAAACUCAAUAUUAUAAACUCAAUUCGUCGUUCAAGAAGGAAGCCCUCAAAGAAUUGGCGGAGGACCUCCCUAUGCUAUACAAUGUGUGUGUCGUUCUGCUGCGCCCAGGGCAGAUGAGCUUAACUAUGAUGGCCACGCUUCAACAAUCCUCUUCCCUCCUUCGAUGGUCGUUUUAUCUUAUCCAUCACGAGCUAGAGACGUUCGCGCGAAGGAUCAGCGACAUGCAGCAGUUUUAUGAUCUUCAAAGGACGAUGACGAUCGUAAAAGACGGAGCGAAGUCAUAUCCUAACGAGAAUGAGUCGUCAAAAGGCAUGGCUUUUGAACUCAAUAACGUGGCAUUUUCCUAUCCUUCAGACGUCGACGAGGACAAAGUCGAGGGUAAGGACUCUUCUAACUCGGAGAAGCGACCUGCCCUUGAUGGUGUUUCCUUCCGAAUUGGUGCCGGUGAACUCGUUGUCGUCGUCGGCGCAAACGGCAGCGGGAAGUCGACGUUCAUAAAUCUUCUUACAAGGAUGUACGAUGUUUCCUCCGGGGAGAUUUUAGUAGACGGGGACGAUAUUCGUACUCUCAAACUAUCGGAUUUCCGCCAAGCUACUGCUACUCUUACUCAAGAUCAUAGUCUUCUCCCCCUCUCGAUCGCGGAGAACAUUGGGCUUGGGGAUCCAGAAAAUGCGAGAGAUAGGGGAAAGAUACUGGAAGCAGCCCGGAAAGGUGGCUGUGAGAAAAUCGUGGAGAAGCUUGAUUCAGGACUAGAUACGGUUCUGGAUCCUGCGGGAAUUCAGUAUCAUUGGUUAGUAGAUGAGUCUAAGAAGGAUACAGAGCUGGCAAAAGAAGUGAAGAAAUUGAGGAAGUCGAGUAAUGUGUCCGGCGGCGAACGACAACGUUUGGUAGCGGCCCGUACCUUUAUGCGCUUCAACUCCAACAAAAUUAAGUUUGUCGCGGUCGAUGAGCCCAGCUCUGCUCUCGAUCCUAGCGGUGAAGUGGAGCUAUUCGAUCAUCUAAGAGAGGCGAGAGCAGGAAAGACUAUGCUCUUCGUUACCCACCGUUUCGGUCCAAUCACGAAGUAUGCUGAUCAAAUAAUCUGUAUGAAGGAAGGGAAGGUCUACGAGCAUGGAACACACGAACAACUUAUGGUAAAGCAAGGAGAAUAUUAUAAGAUGUAUAAUGUCCAAGCUAAAGCUUUUGAGAAAACAAAAGCUGAGAGCGCCGAGGUAAUAGAGUCGGAGAAGGAUUGAAGCAAUAAGGGCAAUCUUCAGGUGCAGGGAAGGUAUUAUGAUGGACCCAUAAUGGACGUUUCUUAGUAACGCAAUGUAAUGCCAUGUAUUGUUAGAACUCGAUGUAAGGUGUAUUUUUGGAAGCAACUACUUCUCGUCGCG